AUGGUGUCUCUUCUCAAGAGAAUGCGAAGAAUGAAGUCUAGAGUAUGUAUCUCUCUUACGUCGAAGCCGCCAUAUAUAACUCCCAAGUCCGCGGAAGAGUAUCCACAUACUCCCGGAUAUGCUUCCCUCUUAGAUAUCAGAGUCGGUCUCGGAGCUGCUGUAUUACCACCCGCGCCUUCAUCCUCCAGUGCUUCCCCCGUUACCCGCCUUCAUCUUACCUACGCCCGCAAAAUGUACGAGGGCCACUUCGGCGCUCGGAAGUUUUGGCGUCAAUGCCUGCCAAGAUUAAAAUAUUACAACCCUGGUAUUUCGAUGUCGGUCAAGCAAACAGAUGACAAUGCCGGCCCUGCGCUGCUGUCACUAUAUUUUGAAAAUAAGGACGGAGCAACAAAACAAGCAUCUUCAACGAGGGAUGAAUCCGCGCCCUCGCCUACAGAAUCGGAAUAUGUGAGAACGAUAGAUGUCAAGGGGAAGAGUUUAGAGGAAAUAUGGACUAGUUUCAAAAAUUUGACUGGGGCAGAGGAGCUGCAGGUAUCAGAAGCCGACCAGCACGAGAUUGAAGAGCGAACUCGACAAUUGCAACAAAGUGCAAUUGAUCGUCAACGAGUUGCGAGUAUCCGACAAACCCGAAAAGAUCAAGCAGCACUUUUAGCAGCAGCCAAAGCAGAUAUUGAGAGAGUUAGGGCGGAAUAG